UGACUGUCAAACUUAUGAUAAACAACGCGUAGUCAAGCUUUCACGAAAGACUUCGUUGCAAGCUUUUCUUGUGUUUACAGUUUUUAUCAGCGAUUCAGGCUUGCCAACCUCUCCCAACAACUGCGCAGAACUGCAUUCACACUCCCACAUACAUGCAUACGUACAUAUUCAAAUAAAUGUUCUGUUCACUUGCUUGCGGAAAAUUGAAGAUAAUUGAAAACAGUUAGAAAAGCACGCGCAACGAUUUCAGUACUUUUUGUUUUUCCGGGAAAAUUUUACUGUUACUGCGGCAGCACGCACCGUUAGUGGCUCUGCUGUAAUCUGAGCAAAUUAACAGCGUUAACAAACGUGGUAUACACACACGUAGCUAGUAAGGAGCUGGUGGAGCGUCGCCAUAAUAAAUAUUAUUUAAUACACACACAAACACAAGCACCCACACGCUGAUUGUGAUUGUGUUAUGAGCACAGUGAAAAUUGACACAUGUACCUACUUAUUUGUGUGUGAAAAAAGCUAAAAAAAAUGUUAAAAUAACUUAAGAUUAAAUCAUUGACAAAUAAUAGAAUGCGGUGAGAAUUAUGCGCGAUUUCUGUUUUUUCAAUAAAAUAAGUUUUAAGUAAAUUCAAUAAGAGAAGAAAAGUGCGAAGAGGAAUUCACUACAUACAUAUGUAUGUACAUACAUACAUAAUAGCAAUUGUAAAUACAUACACAAAGCAAAACGAAAAAAAGUAUAUUUCAAGCGGAAUUUCCAUUUUGCAAUUUUUACGGAAGUCUCUUACAAAUCAGCAGAGAAUAUUUUUCAUAAUUUGAAUAAAAAGGUUAAAAAAUAUACAAAAAUAGCAUUGCAAAUUAAAAUUCUCAUCAACUGCACCCGCAAGCAAAGUUAUACAUAGACACAACCAGAGAAUGGAUGUCUUAACUCAAAUUCUAAAUAUGAAUGCUGGCGGGGCGUAUGGUGGUGGCAAGGCGGGUGGCGCCUUUGAUCCACUCACAUUCGCCAUGAAGCCUCAAGUGGUGAUACGUGCCCUCUGUUGGGUAUUAGAAAUUAUCUUCAUGAAUUUGAAAGUCUUAACACCACCAAAUCGAAGCAAAAGAAAAAAAAAGAAAAUUAUAACAAAAUCACAAUUUAAAUCAAUACAAUUUUUAAUAAGCAACUUUGUACCUCUCCGCUUUCAAAUCAACGCCUGCCUUUUUGUUACUGGCCAGCUGAGCUUACUUACUUCUUCGUCCAUUCGCCCACACAAGGACAUGUGAGGCUCUUCAAUUUAUAACGUUUGCCGUAAUGAUUAGUUGGUGCCAUGC